UAUCUAUAGUUAAUAGUUUUAUUAAUUUAAUAAUUACAUUUCAUGAGUUUUAGUUUCAUCUCGUUUUCACCGUGUGCCGCAAGGUUGAGUAACUCAUAACUGUUAAUUAGAGUUGUACAGUUGAUAAGUUAACAGUUUUAUUAGUUGCAAUUAUUUGGUGAGGUUUUUGAAAAUAACAUAACCCAGUUAACUGUUUUUUUACUACUAUUAUGGAAAACAUAGAAGAUUUUCAGUUCCCACAUACGUUCGUUUUAUUAGGAGCUUCAGGAGAUUUAGCAAAAAAGAAAAUCUAUCCUACUAUUUGGUAUUUAUAUAGAGAUAACCUUUUACCAAAAAAUACAAAGUUUAUUGGAUACGCUCGGACUAAACAAACUAUACAAGAAGUGAGAGAAAAAUCUAAAAAGUAUAUGAAAAUUAGACCUGGAGACGAAAGCAAAUUAGAAGAAUUUUGGGACUGUAAUGAUUACAUAGCUGGAUCCUAUGAUAAGAGAAUUGACUAUGAGUUACUAAAUCAACACAUAAGUAAAUAUGAAAAAGGGCUUGUAGCCAAUAGAAUAUUUUAUUUAGCUGUUCCUCCAACAGUCUUUCAAGAUGUAACAGUGAACAUUAAAAAUGCCUGUAUAUCAAUCAAAGGUUAUACCCGAGUGAUUAUUGAAAAGCCUUUUGGUAGGGAUGAUGUAAGCUCUGAGGCUCUCAGCAAUCACUUGGCUUGCUUAUUCAGAGAGGAGCAGCUUUAUAGAAUAGAUCAUUAUCUAGGAAAGGAAAUGGUUCAAAAUCUAAUGACAAUUCGUUUUGCUAAUCAGAUUUUUAGUCCCUCUUGGAAUAGAGAAAACAUUGCAUCAGUUCUAAUUUCUUUCAAAGAACCAUUUGGAACUGAAGGUAGAGGAGGGUAUUUUGAUGACUUUGGAAUGGUUCGUGAUGUAAUGCAAAACCAUUUAUUACAAAUUCUUUCUCUUGUUGCUAUGGAAAAACCAGUUACAUUAAAUCCAAAUGACAUAAGAGAUGAAAAAGUAAAAGUCCUGAGGCAUAUAAAACCAAUAGAAUUAAAUGACAUACUUGUUGGACAAUAUGUCGGGAAUCCUAAUGGUCAGGGAGAAGAAAAGUUAGGUUAUCUUGAUGAUCCUACUGUCCCUAAAGAUUCAGUUACUCCAACAUAUGCUGUUGCUGCCCUUUAUAUAAACAAUGCUAGGUGGGAAGGAGUACCUUUCAUUCUACGUUGCGGAAAAGCCUUGAAUGAAAGAAAAGCUGAAGUGAGGGUUCAGUAUAAAGAUGUGCCUGGAGACAUAUUUGAAGGUCAUACUAAAAGAAAUGAAUUAGUUGUGAGAGUUCAACCUGGUGAAGCGCUAUAUUUAAAGCUAAUGUGUAAAUCACCAGGUAUGAAGUUUGAUUUGAUGGAAACAGAAUUAGAUUUGACAUAUAGUAUGCGUUACAAAGAAACCGAUGUCCCUGAUGCAUAUGAGAGACUUAUUCUUGACGUAUUCACUGGAUCUCAGAUGCAUUUUGUUAGAAAUGAUGAGUUAAAGGAAGCAUGGCGAAUCUUUACACCAGUUUUAAAACAACUUGAAGAACAACAAGUGAAGCCUAUUCCAUAUGUUUAUGGCUCUCGUGGGCCACCAGAAGCUGAUUCAAAACUAGCAGAAUAUGACUUUAAGUAUUCUGGAUCCUAUAAAUGGCAAAAACCUACAAUGUCUUGACUAUAAAUUUUUACAAGUUUAACAAAUAGAUUUCUGGCAGUGGUUUCAUGGGACUGUAAAAUGGUACUUGCAUAAUAUUUUAAAUGAUUAAUAAUAAUAACAUACAUCUUUUUAACUAUCUUUUAAAGUACAUGAUGAUACAUUCCAUUUUAACAAAUGACUUGCAUAAAUUUCCAAAGGUCAUUUUAAGGUUAAUCAAUAUACAAAGGUUUAACUUAUUUCCUUUUCUGUCCUUUAGUAUCAAUAAUAAAAAUAUAGUUUUUAUAUUGGUGUACUAAACUAUCAUCACAAUUUAUAAACAGUGGUAAAAGUAUGUUCUUUGCUGCUACAAUAUGAUAUAUAAAUGUUUUAGAGGUCAAAUAUUUCACCUUGAUUUACACAUAAACUGACUUAGCAAUAUUGAAAUUCGUAAUUAUGCCUGUUUAUUUUAUAUAAUAAAGCUGUUUUAAUUGGUGCUACUAUGAGGCCUUAUAACCAUUAUGUUACUUAUAAAUAUAAAUUUAUAGGAUAAGUUAUGUAUUAGGGAUACAUACACUCACUUGUAUUAAUAUAUUUAAAAAAUAUAUAAUUGGCUUGGUUUAUCAACACAAUAUUUCCUCGGCAUGUGAAAAGAAAUGUGAUAGUUCCUACAAAUAACAAUGUGAUUUCAGAAAAUCUUACAAGUAUUCAAUUAAACAUGGCUUUUAGCUUUAAUAAGAAACUCUAAUGUAUUAUUUAGAAUUUUCGGUCAUAAUAUAUUAUUUGUUGUGAAAAAGUACAUUUAGUUUUAGUGGGACUGGAUUUAAUAUAAACUUUUAUACAUUAUUUUUAUUAUAUUUACAGAAAUAAAUCUGUAUUUUGAA